AUGCAUAAGCGGCUACAGCUGAUUUCUGCCGCUUCCGUUAUUGCUGCUGGAUUGGCUGUAGGGCUUGCUUCUAUUGGACCUGGAGUUGGUCAAGGUACUGCUGCGGGUCAAGCUGUAGAAGGUAUCGCGAGACAGCCCGAGGCGGAGGGAAAAAUACGAGAUAAUCGAAAACAGAGAAUCUUGAAUACUAUUAGAAAUUCAGAAGAAUUGUGCGAGGGGGCCAUCGAACAGCUGGAAAAAGCCCGGGCUCGCUUACGGAAAGUAGAAAUAGAAGCAGAUCAGUUUCGCGUGAAUGGAUACUCUGAGACAGAGCGAGAAAAAUUGAAUUUGAUUGAUUCAAAUUAUAAGACUUUGGAACAACUAGAAAAUUACAAAAAUGAAACUAUAAAUUUUGAACAACAAAAAGCGAGUAAUCAAGUCCGACAACGGGUUUUCCAACAAGCCUUACAAGGAGCUCUAGGAACUCUGAAUAGUUGUUUAAACAGCGAGUUACAUUUACGUACUAUCAGUGCCAAUAUUGGCAUAUUGGGGCCGAUGAAAGAAAUAACGGAUUAG